AUGGAUGCCAUAUGGGUGCCACCUUUGGGACUCAUUGAUUACUCGCCUCUACAACUAGGAGCGGCCCUACAGCCGCUCCCAAAGCAGCCGACUGAGGCGGUCCGGUGUGAUGUCAUUGACACUCCGGACCAACCUCCAGGUGGAGCUUUUGACCGCUUUCUUAAAUACCCGUGGUCCCAGGGCGAUUCUUUCCUCAGACUCUUACCCUCUGGACCACAGUCCUGUCGUUAUAGAGCUUCUUUUGGGCACUCUCUCUGUGCCAAUCGCUUUGUUGUCACUGCGCUCAACAGGUUAUGGGCCCUGCGCUCUAGCGACUUUGCUCUACAUCGUUUCAUCGACACUUUCUGGUCUCCCAUCUGCUGUGCCACUCCUUUCUGGCCACACCCCAUUGCUGCCACAUCUUCCCCAUUGCUUUCCCUGCCUUUCCCAUCGUCCCACAUCGCUUCCAACACCUUUCCCUCCUUGUGCCACUCGUGCCACACCAUGUCUGACCCCUCAUUCGCUCUCCCUUCUGUCUUCCCUCUCAAUAAUCGCAACUAUCCUUCCUGGUCUAAGGAGAUCAAGGCCUGGCUUCGUCUCAAAGGCCUGUGGCUUCUGGUCUCUGGUGAUGAGACAGCCCCUGUUGGCACGAAGGAGAAGCCUGCUGACCCAAGAGAAGUGGCAGAGUGGAAGAGGAAUGCUCAGAAGGCUGCUGGUGCACUCUUACUUUCGGUUGAGGACCAGUUCAGAGGCAUCUUGGAUGGCAUUGAGGACGACCCCAUUGCUAUUUGGACCAAACUGGAGGAGCAGUUCAACAAGAAGUCUGCUGGAUCGCGUUUCAACGCGAUGGAGGACCUCUUUUCGAUCAAGAAGCGCAACGAUGAGUCCCUCCAGUCCCUCAUUCAUCGUGUCGACGAGUCUAUGCGCGUCUUGAAGAACCUCCGCGACUGGCUUCGAUCUCAAGAAGCAGGACGAGGAGCUCACUUGCAUGGCCCUCUUGUGGUCUCUUCCCUCCGACUCGAGGACGCGUUCAGGCGCGAGGAUUUGAAUCGUGCACGUCGUUCGGAUCCCACAGACUCUGCACAGGCCCUUGUGGCAUCCUUUCCUUCGUCCUCCACCUCUUCCUCCACCUCCUACAGACGUUCUAGGCCACCCAGGAAGCAGUACAAGUGCGACUUCUGUGGUGCCACUGGCCAUACUGAUGACAGGUGCUUCAAGAGGAUCAAUGAGGAGCUGAAGAAGUUCAAGCCACAGCAGGCCCACUCGGUUCAGGCCCCUGAAGCCUCUGGUCCCAUGCAGUUUGCAGGCAAUGCAAGUUUUCGUUCCCCUGCUCCAUCCCCUUCAUCCACAGUCCCCUCACUCGUCACUGACCUCGAUUGGAAUGCGGACACAGGUGCGACCUCUCAUAUGACGCCCCAUCGCCACUGGCUUCGCAACUAUCGUCCAUUCGUGGUCCCCAUUCGUCUUGCAGACUCGUCUGUCAUCUAUUCUGCUGGUGUUGGGACUGUGGUGUUCAAUCCAGUCGUUGGAGGCAAGAGGGCGCAGUCUGUGGAGUUCUCAAACGUCCUGCAUGUCCCUGAUCUCGGUUGUAAUCUCCUGUCUGUGCUGUAUUUGACUCAGCACAAGCACUUCUCUGUGCUAAUAGAAGGAUCUUCGAUGCAUUUCUCCCGGGACGGUGCAGUGUGGUUCAUGGCGGUCGUUCCUGAUGGUUCCAACAACGCUUAUCUUCAAGGGACCACCUCCACCGUUGUUUUGCAGUCUGCUGGUGCCACUUCUACUCUCCCUCUUGACUUAUCCCUGUGGCAUCGUCGUCUCUGCCACCACCACCAUGCUGGAGUGCAGAGGAUGGUGAAGGAACGUCUCGUUACUGGUCUACAGCUCGAUUCGGACGUGCAGCCUGACCCUGUGUGCGAACCCUGUCUCUCUGGCAAGAUGCACGCUCACCCCUUCCCCUCCACUGGCUCUGUGACCUCCAAACUGCUUGAACUCGUCCACUCUGAUCUCCACGGUCCUCUCCCUGUUGCAACUCACUCUGGAAUGCGCUACUGGAUCACCUUCAUUGAUGAGUUCACUAAGCUCAAGGUGGUCUAUGUCCUGCGCUUGAAGAGCGACGCGUUUGAGGCUUUCAAGCGCUACAAGGCGUACGUGGAAAACCUGACUGGAGAGCGCAUUUUGACUCUGCAGGAUGACAAGGGAGGAGAGUACAUGUCCAAUGCCUGGGACAUGUUUUGUUUGGAGCAUAGGAUCGCUAGGAGGCACACAGCGCGCAAUCGGCCAUAG